AUGCCUGUUAAAGUUAAUAUUACUCCACCCCCGCCAGCUAACUCGAAACAGCCGGGAGUAACUAAAUCUCUUCUCUACAACGGCUCAAAGUUUCAAGGGCAUCAGAAAUCCAAAGGAAAUUCUUAUGAGGUCGAAGUAGUGCUGCAGCAUGUCGAUGAAGAGAAUUCGUAUCUUUGUGGUUAUUUAAAAAUAAAGGGGCUGACUGAGGAGUUUCCAACUUUGACAACAUUCUUUGAUGGAGAAAUAAUAUCAGCCAAAUAUCCCUUUCUAACAAGAAAAUGGGAUGCAGAUGAAGAUGUUGAUAGAAAACAUUGGAGUAAAUUUGAGUUAUUUGUACCAUAUUUGAAGACAUUUAACUCUGAUUCAUUUGACUAUGAAUCUUUAGCAAAGGCUGAUUACGUGUUUAUGAGGUGGAAAGAACACUUCUUAGUUCCAGACCAUACAAUCAAAGAUAUUAAUGGUGCUUCAUUUGCUGGUUUCUAUUAUAUAUGUUUUCACAAAUCAGCGGCAACAAUAGAAGGUUAUUAUUAUCACAGAAGUUCAGAAUGGUUUCAAUCACUGACAUUAAGCCAUGUUCCUGAACACAGUAUCCAAAUUUACGAGUUCAGGUGA